UAAUUCGCGUUUUCGUAACGUCUCGUGUAUGGUGUUUCGUGAUCGGUCAUAUUUUAUUUUCUCACAAAUUUCUAAACCAAUCCUUAUUUUCUCCUUUCCUACUGAUCGUAUGUCAUGACGUUUUUGAUGGAAAUUUGACGAAUGAAACACGUAUAAGUACGAAUAAAAUACGAAAGAAAAAAAUUAUUAUAAUAAAUUAUAAAAACGAAGAAGAAAAUUGUUUAAAGUGUUUCAAUUUAAACGAAUUGGAAAGAACGCGUUUACACGAUGUUACGUUCAACGUGUCUUAUUCGAAAUAUUCCUGUUAAGAAAAAAUGCUUUUCAUGGCUUCUCAUAAAGUUCGAACAUCGUCUUUGGUCUCGAAUAGUUGUAUACGAUGAACAUGCAGUUAUCAUUAGCAUGAAUUCCCGCUUAAUAUGAUUCAUACAACGUUGAGAGUUAGGUAUAUAGUUAUAGGUUGAAACACGUGGAAUAGUCGAUGGAAUAGAGUCAAGUAAUCGAAAGAGAUUAUCAGAAAGAAAAGCAAGUUGUCAAUAAAAUUGCAAAGCCUCUUUGAAGAUUUCGUAUUAUUGAUAAUGUGUAGGCGCGCGCACGCCCGCGAUCUACAGUAAUAAUUUGAUCGUCGAGCAAAAAAAAAAAACAAAAUUAAAUCUAGUGGUAACAAUUCGUGGAGAAAUUUGCUCGAUAUUUUCGCGGAAUGCUAAACGUCCGGACGUCCUCUUUACAAGUUGGAAAGGGGCUUGUCAGUCCUCGUAAAGAGUAAUUAAGAAAUUUUUUUAGAACGUGUUCAUAAUGUGAACAUGCAUUCAACGAUCUAAUCUAACGAUGAAAACUUUGAAUUUUUGAUUUUUAUAUCUUGAUGAUAAUAUUAUCAUACGAUUUUUCGAACGGCUCUCGUUUCCGUCGCUCUUUCGUUAAUUACAGAAAAAUGGCCGUAUGACACCGCAAUUCGAAUUUCGAAUUCACUCGUAUAUUUUUCUCACUCUUUGCUUGCGUAUGAUUUUCUGUUCGUAUUUAGCAAAUCUCGCAUAUAUUAUAUAUAUAUAUAUAUAUAUAUAUAUAUAUGUAUGUGCGUGUGUGUGUUUGCUUUAUAUUUACAUAAUAUCGACCGAAAGAAUAUUUUUAAUAAUACAAUAUAAAAAUGUUAGUCAAUUUAGCAUGAAAAAAAAAAAAACUAAACUUCUUUAAACUUCCAAGUAUUUCCUUAAAGAUCCAACAUUUGAAAAUAUCUUGAAGGAAUUAUAGAACGAAACGACGAAAGUAUUUUUUGUGUCCGACUUGACGGUGUAUCGUGCUUCUCUGUGUUGUUCAGGGAGAGGAUGCGACUUUAGAUCGGGCGAGUGUAAGAAGAAAGAAAAACGGUGGAAAAAAACGAGAAAGGAAAGAAAGAAGAAAAAGUGGAGGAGGAGGAGGAGGAGGAGAAGGAGGAAGAGGUGGAGGAAGAAGAGGUGGAGGAGGAAGAAAUUAGAAAAUUCGAACGAGUUAGGAAUUCGAUCGAUUAUCGUUCGGUUCACUUCGUGAUUUUUUAAGAAAAAAUUUUUAAAGUACUCGAGACUUGACUCGCAUAUUUGUAUGAGUCACGAGUAUAUAUGUAUACGUAUAUAUACAGAUAUAUUAUGUUUGCAAUCUGUCUAUAUGUAUAUAUAUAUAUAUAUACACACAUAUAUAUACCUAUAUAGAAUUUAUAUAGUUUUUAUCGAGAUUUCUCGCAUAUAGGGAGAAUCAAAGAUUUAAUUUUGCAUUUUCCUUUUCUUUUUCCUUAAUUACGGAAAUUAUUCUUUUGAAUAUUAUCGUUACCAUGGGGGAAAAUACGCUCACAUAGAUGUAGAUCUACGUGUUAAUUAGGGUAAUCCAAAAUAGGAAAAUGCACUCGCGUCCGUUCCUACGGAGAAAAGAAUCUUCGCUUCUUAGUCCGAAAUUUAUUCGGUGUGGAGCAAUUAAAUUGGACGGUAUUAUCUUCUCGUUUAAUCGUGCGUCUCUAAUUAAGCUUUUGAGCGCACGCGCACGUAUGUAUACUCGUUGAGAAAGAAAUCCUCUCUACUAGAAAUUACGAAAACCCGGCGAAAAAUUUUCUAACAUCGUCAACGUCGACAACACUUUCGGCCUUCGACGCAACGAUUCUGACAAAUUUCGACCGAGAGAGAAAAAGAAAGAGAGAUAGAGAGAGAGAGAGAGAGAGAGAGAGAGAGAGAGAGAGAGAGAGAGAGAGAGAGAGAGAGAGAGAGAGAGAGAGAGAGAGAGAGAGAGAGAGAGAGAGAGAGAGGAGGCAUCGAUGGAACAUACUCUCGUAGAGCAAAUAACGAUUGCUUUGAUCCUUAGUCCGAAAGUUAAACGGCAGGCUACCGUCGAGUAUUCACUCUCGAUCUUACAAGGAAGAUAAAGGAAGCGGAAAGGAUUCUGAGCAUAUUUCGUCAAAGAUGAGAAAGCGGACGACAAGAUCGAUAAGAAGAGGGAAGAAAGUAAGGACGGCAAUUCCGACGACCUGACGCUUGUAGCCGAGACGCUCGACGAAGGCUGACGGAUCUGGAGGAGAAUCAGGGGGAAGCCGUGGAGGUACGAAAGAUGAAUGAGAGCGAGAUUUAUCUGCUCGAGUGGGAAGAAGAGGCAGAAGCUAGGGAACCUAGCGGUGAACUCAACAGAAGUUUUUACAAUGCUAGCCGUGGAAAUCGUAGCUACGAAGAUUUCUGGGAAUUAGCAAGCGAUCGUGCUGGACUCGCAGUGGUUCUCUUUCUCUUCUCCGUGGCAACAGUUUUCGGUAACAGCCUGGUAAUCCUUGCUGUCAUCAGAGAAAGAUAUCUUCACACAGCGACCAAUUAUUUCGUUACGUCGUUGGCCUUUGCCGAUUGCCUCGUAGGCCUGGUCGUCAUGCCGUUCAGCGCGAUUUAUGAAGUUCUCGAAAAUCGAUGGCUUUUCACGACCGAUUGGUGCGACGUUUGGCGUUCCCUCGACGUACUCUUCUCGACGGCCUCGAUCUUGAACCUCUGCGUGAUCAGUUUGGAUCGUUACUGGGCCAUCACCGAUCCGUUUACCUAUCCAAUGAGGAUGAGUAGAAAACGUGCGGCGAUAUUGAUCGCGAUCGUUUGGAUUUGUUCAAGCGCGAUAUCUUUUCCAGCGAUAGCUUGGUGGAGAGCAGUCAGAACGGAGGAAGUGCCGGAGGACAAGUGUCCCUUCACUGAACAUCUCGGUUACUUGAUAUUCUCCUCCACGAUUAGCUUUUAUUUACCGCUCUUCGUUAUGGUCUUCACCUAUUAUAGGAUCUAUCGAGCCGCGGUGAUACAAACGAGGAGUCUCAAGUUGGGUACGAAACAAGUGAUGAUGGCCUCCGGCGAGCUCGAACUUACUCUUAGGAUACAUCGUGGUGGUGGUGGCGGCAGUGGUGGUGGUGGUGGUGGUGUUAGCACUGGUGGAGCAAAUACGAAUGUGGACCCGAGGCAUCUCUUUCGUACGGCCUCGAGCACGCCAGAAGAUCUACAAGAUCUCGAGGAACCUCUUACGGCCCUUCACAAUAAUGGAUUAACUAGAGUACCUUCCACGAGGAUCAACAACAAACAACAUCUCGGCAAAAACUUUUCCUUGUCGCGCAAACUCGCUAAAUUUGCGAAGGAAAAGAAAGCCGCAAAGACUCUUGGCAUCGUCAUGGGAGUCUUUAUCGUUUGCUGGUUACCCUUCUUCGUGGUGAAUCUAUGGUCGGGUUUCUGCGCCAGGUGUAUCUGGCAAGAGGAGAUUGUUUCUGCUGCCGUCACGUGGCUCGGUUGGAUCAACAGCGGCAUGAACCCAGUUAUAUACGCUUGCUGGAGCAGGGAUUUUCGGAGGAGAGUAGGUGACUAAGGCGACAAGUAGGUACUAUAAUUGGGCCGAGUAAUUUAUACGAGUUAACGGCUUCGAUAUCAACGCUCAAGGGAUUCUAAGUGAACGUACUCGGUAGUAUCGGAUAUUCCUGCAAAUUGAAUCGAGAAUAGUUUCAAACUAAUUUCGUUGCAGGCCCAACCGAGGUUACUCGUUGAAGAAGCUACGAAACGAGCCACCAUGUACAUCAUUCGAAACAACCACAAUCGCUGUUCUAAUAUUUUACUUUGGAUAAUUGAUCUAUUGUUCUCCAUGGAAAAUUAAAAAUUCGUAUUUUAUAUCUAAAUAAAAAACAUUAGUAUAUUUUUCACUUGAUUGCGUUUUUUAAAUGAACUUAUAUUAAAUCGAUGAUUUGAAAUUUUAUGAGAUUUUAAUAGAUACAGAAUACCUGUUUACAAUUGUUUGUUGUUAAAACAAAUAUAUGUAAAGUAUUUUAUUGAAAUAAUAGUAGUAAGAAAAUAUAUAAAUUGAAUAAAUUGAAUACAAGUAAACAAUAGUUUGAAAAUAGCUAAAUAAAGAUGACAAUUUGUAUUCUCAAAGAUGUAAAUUAUUUUGUUUCUCCUUUUGGCAUUCAAUUUCGACAGCACAAAAUAUGUCGAAACUUCGAGGAAACGUUUAAUCGUUGCGUAAAUAUCGCCAUCUCCUUCGACUUCUCCUAAUUUGAUUUGUCUUGUUACUCGACAAGGAAAGCUUUAACUAGGUGGAGAGACCAAAAGAAAUAGAAUGCUGUGAUAAACAUCGGAAAACGAGUGCAGUAUUGUUCGACUUUAAAUGCGACAACACGAAUAAAUUUCUAAUUAAAACUCCUUCAAAGUACCUUCCUUAGUUGUCCUUGUCGUUUGCUAGUCUACCACCGAACGAAAUUAAAACGUGCUAGUGUAUAGGCGGCAUUUUAAAACUCGGUCAGUCGCUUGGCUGUACUUCGUUGAAUCGUUAAUUCGAAUCGAAACGGACAAAAAAAAAAAGAAAAAAAAAAAAAAAAGAAAAAAAAAAUAAUUGUAUAAUCGUCCAGAAAUUAUGCGAUUAAGUAAAUUUGAUUGAUGAUUAAGCGAAAAUUCCAAUUAUAAUCGCGAUCGAGUCGAGUCCUUUCGCGAGCCAUCUCGUUAAUGAAUAAUGAAAAAAAUCCGAAUAAAGAUAAAACGAAUUUAUAAGUAGAAUUAAUUUGAGAAUAUACUUACAGAGCACGUUCCAAGCUUAUCUCAGGUCAAUUUUAAUAUUCAAUAUAAUAUACUUAUAUUAAAAGUAGAAAGAGAGAGAGAGAGAGAGAGAGAGAGAGAGAGAAAGAGAGAAAGAAUUAUUCCAUUUUUAUUAAGUAUGAAGAAAUUAAUAUAUUAUAUCAAUAUGUUAUAUGAAGAAUAAAAUCUGCUUUUAAGAAAUUUAAGUAAAAAUAGAAUAUAUAUACCUUGUUGUUCAUUUGAUUGUCAUUUUACGAACAUGAUAAAAAUCGAUUGAUCCUAGAGGAAAUUAAAUUCUAUGACGAUUAACUCGUUGACGAAAAAGAAAGGUGAUCUGUUAAAAGGAUUUAGUUAGUGAUGCUUACAAAAGAGCUACGAAAGUAAACGCUGUUGUAUCGCUUAUCGAGCGAUAGGCGUUGACGAGGAGUACCUAUCAUCUGUUCUAGCGACAAAAUACACGCGUAUAAAGAGACAAAGUUCUAUGCAUGAUAGGACCGAUCAAAUAUACACGUUGUUUUUUAUUUUCCAACGUCAUCCUCUUCGUCCGAUCGUAUGAAAUUUUUAAUGAAUUUAUUUGAAAACUUUGCUUCAAGAAAAUAUAUUAUAUAUGUGCCCAUAAUUAUGAAAAUGGUCUAAGUCAAAAUUUCAAAAAAAUAAGUUUAUCACUUAUUUCAUAUCUACAUUAUCUUAAACUAUAUGUAUUUAAUGUAAUUUUUACGAUAUCGUCAAAAAUGAACCUUUAGAUAGUGGAUGUAAUUUCAACAUUAUACAGAAUUCAUUUAAUGUUUCAAACGCAAUUCAUUAAAUAUCUCGAAACAAGAAACAUAUGACUUAGACCACUUUCAUAAUUAUGGGCACAUAUACAUAUUAUUAUAUAAUAUAAUAUAUUAAAUCAUAAAUAAUUAUAUGAAUGACGAUAAAAAGAAUUAUAAAAAUUCUCCAUAUCUAUCUGAAAUUAGCAUUUCUUUAGAAUCGAAUUGAAUCGAAAUGAAUUCAUUAAAUUGAUUAUAUUAAAAACUCUAUCAAACAAGAAGACGUAAUUCAUCCGUCCUAGUUUUCUUUAAUAUAGUCCGAUAAAUGAGGAAAAAAGAACCGAUAUAAAUAACGAUAGCUACAUAAAGGCCAUAGAUGUAAAGAAGGCGAUAGCUCCCUCGAACAGGAAUGCCUGCCUUUCAGUCUUUCAAUUCACCAAUGGAAUUGCUUUCUCUUUGUGGACGAAUAGGAUGCUGUUAUUUUUGGCCUUUUAGAAUUGGUCCAUUUCGUUCUAAUACCUUGAUAUUACCAUAGAAUAGAACAAUUAACCUAAUUAUUUUCUUUCGCAAUUAAAAUCACUAUUAAUUUCUCGUUUAAUUUCAACUUAUUAAUUCAAAGCAACGUUUAUUGGUCACACAUUUUUAUUACCUAUUUAUAAAUGUAAAUUAUAAGGCAUCUAUACUUAAUAUGAAAAUCAGUAAUAUUCACGUAACGAAAUAUUCAAUCAGAUUGCUGAUUGGAAAUGUGCGGUAUAUUUUGUUUAUGUUUAUGUGCGAAGAAACGUAGCCUCAAUGUAGCUUUCCGUUCAUUUCCAAUGACCGAAAUUAACCAAUCGUUUCUCGUUUCCUAUCGAUCGGUCGGAAGAAAGCAUCGUUAAUUUCCAAGUUGGAAAAUCGGUAUUGCUCAUUGUUCGCGUUUCAUGUUGCCACGAUAAUCGUGUUUAUUGCCGAAAUUCAGAAUGUGUCCGCAUAAAACGAGCUUAUCAAUGCUUAUCCAAUGCUUGUCGUUGAUGUAACGAUGAAUUUAAAAACAAAAUAAAUAGUUCUAUUUCGAUAAAUAGUGAAAAGCGAUAAUUUUAACAAAUAUUUGGAUACACACACACACACACACACAAAAUACAUGAAGCCGAUUUUAUUAUGUUUUGAUAUUUAUUAUUUAUUAUUAUCGAUGAAACGACAAUAUCGUCGUUUCUUUUAGCCUACAUAAUUUCGAAAUCAUGCUCACGCAAAUGGAACGAAGAAACGUAUGAAUAGAUAAAAAUAGGAAAGAACAUUGUCAUGUUACUAAUGGAUUCAUAAAGAUAUAUUUUCAUCGAAGUAAAACCAGGGGAAAUGGUAUCGCGUUCGAUGAAAUCUAUUGAACCGUGAGAAAUAUUAUGAAAUUUAUCGGCAUUGCGUCGUACUUUCUUGAUUCUCUCUCAGCUUCUUCUUUUCAUCCAUUUUAAUCGAAUCUCGUUGCGAUCACAUUGAAUGCAUCAAAGUUUUCUGAUAUUUAUCGUUAGCGAUCACAAAGUUGAUGAUUACCAACCCUAAGAAAAUAUCUCUAGAGUCAAUUUUGUAAUAGUUCUUUAUACAUAAGUAUAUAUAUAUAUAUAUUAUCUUUAGCUUUACAAAUUGAGAUAUAUAUUAUACAUACAAAUAUUUGUCUCUCUCUCUCUCUCUGACUUAUUUCUUUCUUUAAAGAUACUAGUAGAUUUUAAUUUCAAAUCGACAAAGUCGAUGUCUGGCUUUGAAACAUUUCCAUGUUGGUCUCGUCAAAUGAUGGAAAUGAAUAGAUAAGCUUGUAUAUGGUCACGGUAACGUGUGACAUUGAUAAAAGAAAGAUCGAAAAGAUUAACGUGACAUUUAUAGAUCGAAAGAAAUAUUCGAGUUAGCUAACAGAUUAUUCUAAUGUAAUUUUUUCCUUUAUAUUAGAUUAGCAAUCUAAUCAGUUGAGGUAUAGGAAUUUAUUAAAAUUUCUACAUUUUUUCAAUAAUUUCAUAACUUUUUGCAAUUGUUGAAAUAAUAUUUUUUGCAGAACUCUCGUUAAUAAAAUCUUUCAAUACAUUUUUUUUUUUAAUCAUAACUCAAAAUUAUAUUAUUUUGAAAGAUGCCCAAAUAUUUUUGAUAAUUCACUAUAUCGAUCCAUUCUAACUAGUAAAAUGUAUAAUUUGUUAUAAUCAAUGCGUCCUUUAACAAACAUGUAAGAUCAAAGUUAUAGAUAUCAAUUUUGAUCAAUUUGGCAGUCUCCGUUUAUCUGCCUGAAUUUUCUACUUAUAAAACUUAGGAACAAAAUACCUGUUUCCGUAAACGUGAGUAUGCGCAAGAAAAAAAUGGUGUCCUUGAUAGAUAUGCCGAAACAAAAAAAAAAAAAGACAAAAAAAAACCGAAAAAAGAAGAGAUAGAAUCGUAACACUUCGUCUUGGCAGAGUUCACGAGAUAUUUAUAGUGGGUACAUAUCUAUUUUUUGCUUAGCUUCCAUAAUUUCUCAUACAUAAUGCAUCGUUAUGCAAGUGCAACACUAAAGUGGAUUUCAAUGUAUUUUGCAUGCAAACCCUAGCGAAUCGAAUUUUUUUACAAAAAAUUUUACUUCCUUACCAGUAGACUAAUAAAACAUGCAAUGAUGUCGUUCGUCAACAACUAUUUAUAAUUUUUUAAAUAAUCGAUAUAUAAGACUUAUGUUUAUUAGGUUUAGGAUAGUGUCAAUCUUCAAUAAUUAUUUCAUCUAAAUCUAUCUUUGUUUCUGGUUUUUUUCUCUCUUAAAAAAUACUAUGUUUUUCAUCAUAUUUUUAAUUUUCGAUUAUUACUUUAUUCUUCUAUUUAAUACAAAGGAAAACUAUGAAGAACAUUAAAUAUUUAACAUUUAUGUACAUUUAAACUUACCAUGUAGGAACACUAUCCUGUUUUCUAAGAUCCAUUAAUACCUAGCGUAUUCUGUUUACAUUAAUACGUAGGGACACGUCUCGAAUCAAUAAUCUAAUGAGUCGUACUACCAUACCUACACCUAUUAACAUUCCGUCAUCGUGUCUGGGAUCAAGUUUGCGAAUCCCUUAUCAUUUCGAUUAUAAGAUAAUUGGUAUUCUGAUAUGAAUUAAAAAAGAAAAAAAAAUAUUAAAAGCAUAUUUCCUGCAUUUCUAAUCUUAUUGUUUUAAAUCUAUUAUAUAAAAUUUUUCUACUUAGUUCUUGCUCAUCGCUAUUAUUUCCAUCAUUAAUAUUUUUAAUUUAUUAUUAUUAUAAUUAAUAUUAUAAUUUAUCAUUUCUUUCUAUUUUGUACUUAUGAAGUCUGUUUCAAUCUCUCUGUCUCUCUCUCUCUCUCUCUCACUGGUCUUACGUUCAUAAGCACGUACGUAAAUAUACAUAAUGCAAGGGUAUGUACGUGUACGUGUACAUAUGUACGUGGGAAGGAACGCGUGUCACGCAAAGUACUUUGGAAGCAACCUCUGCGAGACAUUCAACACGUUCAUAACGUAUGCUUUUGCGAUCUCACGUAUUUCAGAGGAAAAUGUUGAACAUCGUCCCGAGAAAAUAUUCCUAUUGCAAGAGAUAAGGGUGUUGAAUAGGUCGGCGAACUUAACAACGAUGGGAAAGAGCAACGAUAUGUUUCUUUUUUUAUAUAUAUGUAAGGGUGAGUUUUCAAAUACGUAUCAUAUAAAUUUUUUAUCUUCAUUUGUAUCUCAAUAUAAGACGACGUCUAAUAAUUUACAAAUCAUAUCUUAUUUUGUAUAUCUAUGUUAGAAACAUUUUAAAGGAUCAGAUACGAUAGAUAAAUUCGAUUUUUUAAUCGAAUCUCUCGUAAAACUAAUGCUUUCAUACACUUAUCAUAAUAUUAAAGUUAAAAAAAAAGAAAGAUUUAAGACUUAGGAGAAAGAGUGACAGAGAGUGAGAGAGAGAUGCAACAACGUUUGUUAGUAAUACGUAUAAGAGAACGAAGGGAAAAGAGAGAGAGUCACUGUGCUGCAAUCCCACGUGUAACCAUCACGCUUCACGGAUAUUUACUCGGGGUAAAUGCAAAAUCGAUAUAUCCAGGGUCAUUCGAUGAUGUGCAGAAGGUGAGAAGAGUGAGAAAGAAAGAGAUACCUCUCGAUCCUCGAGGUCGAAAACUGAGUGGCCUCUUACGGUAAACAGUUAUUAAUAAAGAUUUAAUCGUCCAUCUUUUAGUUUAGUAAACCAAAUUUUUGGAUGAAAAUUUUGUAAUAAUUCUAUAAAAUGAAUUUUCUUUAAAAGUUUUUUCUUGUUCCACAAACAGAUGAUAAAUCAAAUAAGUAUGAUCGUAUAAGUAAAGACUUUUUUAUAGUCGUUUUCUCUCUCUCUCUCUCUCUCUCUCUCUCUCUCUUUCUCUUUUUCGUUUUUGUAUUUGAUGACAUUACGCAUUAAAGUUUUCACGAGAGAGAUCAUGCCAUUUUAUAUUAUUAAAUGAAUAGACAUAUAGAUACCAAUAAAUCGUUUAGCGAUGCUUCGUUCGACCGAUCACAGUGAUAUUUUUAAUCCGAUACGAAGUAUUUGUUUUCGAUAACCCACAGCUAUUGACUAUUAACACAGUAGCUGUCAUAAAUGGAACCCUUUUUGUUCCCUUUUUGUUCGACAAAAAUUUAUUCUGCCAUUCCUCUUUCACUUUAUCUGACAAUGAGAAAUCAUUUUAUUAUCUAACUCGAGAUAAGAAACAAUACCUAUAUUUAAAAAUGGAUCAGUUGGUUCAUCUCCCGAUUGGCCAUCUCGAAGUUUCGAAUGUUUACUUUAUAGGAUAGUCGGAGUCUCCCUAUCGAGAGUUAAAAAAGAAAGUCUUUUAAAAGUUUAUUAACGAGCUUGAAUUUGAAAAAAAAAAAGAUCUGCCGUUGUUUUUCUUAUCGAGAGCAUUUAAAAAGAAAAGUAAAUAAAAAAUAAAAAGGAACAAAAUUUUCUUCUUUCGAAUAGCCUUAUCGAAAAAGGGACACUCCAAGGAUCGACACUUGAAGGAUCCUUCAAGAAAGUUGAAGAUCGAAGUUGUAAUCGAGCAAAUCUCGCUUGGGAGCAAACUCUAGGAAGCUAAGAAAAUGAGAAGAAGAAGAAGAAGAAGAAGAAGAAGAAGAGGAAGAGGAAGCAGGAAGAGUAGGAGGAUGAGAAAGAAAAAGAAAAGUUGCAAACCUUCCUCGUGAUAUGAGAAGUAAGAAGAGAAGCCACAAAGACGAUAAAUCCUUGUCGUCCUAACUCUCUCAAAGGUGAUAGCGAGGAUAACGUUACUCUGACAUGCCUCGAUAACCUUAAUUGCCGCCACAAGAGAAUGUAGGCGCAUAGAUUGUUGAAUAUAUCUAACGUGCCUAACUAAAGGCCUCACUGAGUUGACCAUUAAAGCGUCGCAUCUUUUUGAAUUUUCUUCUACAUUUUUGUCUAUUGUGAAAAAUUUAAUGAAUAUUAAUUUAUUUGCUCGUCGAAAUAAAUUUUAUUUUAAUUAAUAAUAUUUAUUAUAAAAAUAUAUAUAAGUUAUCUACCAUCGAACUCAAUCAUUUUAAAUAUUUUUUAUCAAGAUUUCGAAUAUGAAAAGAAAUAUAGAGAUAUCUCGAGGAAAAGAUUUGAUCGAUCGCUCAACUGAAAGAUUUUGUUGAAAAUUACAAAGCGUCUUCAAGCUUGAUCCAAUUAAAAGUUUGUACGAAUCUUUGCUACGUAUUCCCAAGGAAGAAUAUAAGUGCUUCCUCUUUGGAGAGAAACUCAUCUAUCCAGUCUCUCCUCGACUAAUAUCUUCGUCAUAGGUUGUUCCUUCAAUUUUCUUGAGAAAAAUUCAACUCUUUGUAUCAUUCGAUCGACUUCAAGUACAUCAACUACGUUCGAAUAGUCAUUAAAUCUUUUUAACUACGCUUUUGAAGGAUGAACGAUUCGAAGAAAAACUUGAACGAUUAGAAGUGCAGAUUCGACGAACUUUUCAUUACUUGCUUCUUGCUAUAGUCUUUACGCCAUAUAAAAUGAAAAGAAUGAGAAGGAAAAAGGAAGAAGAAAAAGGGGAAAGAAAUAAUAUAGAGAAGAGAGGAGUGAACGGGAUAUAUUGACAAAAAAAAAGAAAAAAAAAAAAAAAAUAAAAAAAAAGAAACAAAGAAACAAAAAGUAAGAAGUAAAAAGCAAAAAAAAAAAGAUCAACACCGGGGAUAGAAAUCUUUAGACAGGAUUUUUCCGAUCGAAGUGGAAGGCGAGCUGAAAGGAAGCGUAAUUUUCAAGAUAACAAGCUAUAUUUCGUGUCUGGACCGUAGAACUGUGAGUAUGGAGCCGCACUGGGCUCUAGACUGGAUGUCUCAGAAGGAGUCUUUUUAUCGGGGAAGACGGUAGACGAGAAAAUGGGCUUCCUUUACCGUACGUAGAUACCAGAUAAAAAGCUACAACGUGUAUCCUUGGUAACCGUAAAUACGAUCUCGAGAAAAUCUUGAAACGACUAAAUAUUACGACAGUCGAUCGGCUUUAAAUCGUGAUAAUGUAAAAUUUAUCGUGACGAGUUAAAGUUAUAUAUUAAUCAUCGAUUUAUGUAAAAAUUGAAGCCCAAUAUUUUUUAGAAAUAUGUAAAAAUUAUAGAUUUAUAUAAAAAUUAAAGCUCAAUUGUUAGAAUAUUAAAUAAACCAGACUUUUCGAUUCUACUUAAUUGAUUUGACGAAUGUGAAAUCAUGAUAAAAAAAGAAAAAAAGAACGGAAAAGAACGAUAAAUACGAAAGAAAAGUGUAAAGAAAAAGAGUAAAAUAUUCAUGUUCGAGGAUUACUAAAAAAAAAAAAAAAAAAAAAAAAAAAAAAAAAAAAAGGUGUAAAAGUAGAAUAGAUAAAAAUAAAAGGAAAAGGGAAGAAAAAUGGAUAGGUCCAAAGGAAUCCAAUAAAAUUUGAUUAGCUGGUCGAGAGCACAAGAAAAUCCGGGUCACAGCCGUUCGGCAAGAAACUAAGUCGGCAACACUUUUCCUUUCUUUAUCAGUGAUUUCGAUUUUCGAUUUGUCUCUGGGUUCUUUUUUACUCCGAGCAACGAUAGAGUGCCUCUUACUUUCCCGUUGGUAUCAUCUUUUGUCUAUUAUUUUCAUAUAAUCAUUUUAGAAUCAUAGUAGAAAUUACUUGUCCUCCAAAUUUUAUUGAUAAAAAUCAUUCUCACAAUGUUGCAGAGAUGCUACGUAGAUGUGUGCAUCGAUGAUUGACAAACGAUGAUUGACAAACGUCGAUUGAGUGACAAACGAAACGAUUGAUUCGCGGUGAAUGAUUUUGGUCUGCUUUGUAUACACGAUAUCACAAGAUUGAAGAUUUGUCUACAACACCGAUGAUCUAAGAGGAAAAGUAAUAACUUUUACAGUUUACAACAGAAACGAAAAAAAAAAAAAUAUUAAGGCUUCAUUAAUAGCAUUAAAUGAUUAUUAUAUCGAUUUCGACAGUACGCAGGUUCCAUCGUAGAAUUUUAUUAUUAGAAUCGUAUCACUUAUAUUUUCCAAAAUUCUAUUUUAGGAUAUCCAACAGCGAAUCGAAUGAAAGUUGUUCCACGCUCGAUGGGGAGCGAGGAUGGGCGGGGGUAGUACGUCUAUUAGAGCUUCCUUCAACCUAAAGGGUAGUCGUAAAUCGUCAGUACCGCGUUAACGUUGAUCUUCUUCUUCUCCAUUCUAUUUCAAGUGGAUUAUGCGAUUUGCAUGUAGAUACAUACGCAUUAAAGUGUCGAUGAAAAUCUUCUCAAUUUUAGUUGACUUAAAACGAUCAUUCUUUUCACAUUAGAAAAACUUUAAUUUUUGUUUCGAAAAUCGAUAAGAAUUGUAGCAGAAAUUUAAACGGAUUUUAUUUCACAUAUUUCAUUCUCAUAAUAUAAAAGUAUAUAUUGAUAUUUAAAGUAGGAAAUAAAUUUUAAAGAGAAGUAAAUCGAUUGGGAUUUACAUCAAAAUCAAAAGUCAAUAACAAAUUUUCCAAUGCUUUCAAAUUUUAUUGUAAAGAAAAAAAAAAAAAGAAGAGUGGAUUUGUUCCUUUAAACUGUUUUUUUUUUUUUUUUUUUUUUUUUUUAACAAGAACAAAACACAAAUGUAAUUUUUGUUCAAUAAAAUCAAUUGAAGAUUUCAAUUGUAGUUGUAAAAUAAUUUGCAAGAUUAAAGAAAUUUGAUGAAACGAAAGGAAUACAAGUACGAAAUUUAAUUGCACAUAGUCAAAAGUAUUAAUCCAUACGAUCGGACCAUUUUCAUUUUGCUUUGAAGUAUCAUUUUAAUCCUAGAAUAUAAAAAUGUGAAUGUUGUAACUUUAAUGGAAUGAAGCGAAAUGAAAAAAAAAAGCGAUUUAAAUAUAAUCGUUAAAUAUCGCAAAGUAAAAAA